GUCAACUGCGGCGCUCUUGAUACAUAUCUACAGAAGAAUGAACAGUCCAUGGAUAAAAAGAAUGAGAUGUGUCUACAGGCGGCUUGGGGACUUGAGUAUCUUCACGCGAAGAAUGUUCUCCACAGGGAUAUUGCUGCUCGCAAUUGCUUGUACGGAGACAAUAAGGUAAAAAUCUCCGAUUUUGGUUUGACACGUGAAGGGACGGUUUACCAAAUGGAUCCACAUAAACGAGUUCCUAUACGAUGGCUCGCACCCGAAACUUUAAAAAUGGCUAUCUAUACGCAAAAAACAGACGUAUUCAGCUAUGGGAUUAUGUGUUGGGAAAUCUACAACAAUGGUAUCGAACCUUACCCUGGUAUGACAGUCGCAGAAGUUAACCAGAAUGUUAAAGAGGGCUAUCGAAUGGAACUUCCCUCAAAUGUUCUUCCCGAAAUUCAAACCUACAUUAAGAUACGUUGUUGGUCGGAGAACCCGAACGAUCGUUACACAAUGGCUGAGCUUUGUAAACACUUGCAAAGGACCUUACAAAUUCCAAGGCCGAAGUUUGUGGAAAACCCACACAUUCGCAUGUGA